AUGUAUGCAGCCGAUCAGCCGGCUUCUGCGUGCAAUAACACUGUUGAGCCCGAUUUGGUCGAUAUCGGUACUAACUGGUUCAGUGUAAAUGAUACAGUCUCCGAGGAGUAUCGGGGCCGAUUAUGGUCCUUGUGGGAGGACGAUAGAACAGAUGAAGAUGUUCCCAUGUACCUCCUGCAUCGCUCCGUAUCAGGCGUCGACUUCGCGCGCCAACUAGCCGAAUACCGACGCGACGGACAACCAGCCCCGAAACGAUUCCGCUCGUCUGCGGCGCCGAAGGGCACCAAGUUACCGGCCGGGUACCAGGAUCGGGCGGCGCGGUUACGAGACACCGGGGAAGAGGACGCAGGUGGGGAUGACCUGGAGAAGAGGAUUAAGGCGUUGGAGGAGAUGGUGAAGCUGGGGCAGAUUGAUCGCGAGACGUUUGAGAAGUUGUGCGGGGAGUUGGGCGUGGGUGGUGAUUUGAACAGUACGCAUAUGGUGAAGGGUUUGGAUUGGGAGUUGUUGAGGAGGGUGAGGGCUGGGGAGGAUGUGGAGAAGAAGGAGGAGAAGGAGGAGGUGGCGGAGGAGCCGGUAGGGGAUGUGGAUGAGGAGUUGGAAAAGUUGGAGGAGGGGACGGGGGGGGAGUUGCCUUCUGCGCCGAGGGAGAAGGAGAAGAAGAAAGGGAGUAUGGCGCCGCCGCCGGGGAGGAAGUCGAGGGAUGAGAUUUUGAAGCAGUUGAGGGCGAGUCGGGCUGCUGCCGCGGCGGCUGAGGAGCAGGCGGCAGAGCCGGCGUUAGGGUCGAAGUUUAAGCGGAUCGGGGAUUCGAAGGUCGAGAAGAAGAGGUGGGUGGAGCAGGAUGAGAAUGGGCGGCGGAAGGAGAUCCUACAGAUUACGGAUGCGGAGGGCAAGACGAAGAGGAAGGUGAGGUGGUUGGAUAAGCCGGGUGAGACCAAUGCUGGCGGUCUCUUGGUUCCGGAUAAGGAUGCGAAGCCGUUGGGUAUGGAGGUGCCGGCUGAGGUGGCGGCGAAGGCGUCUGCUCCGUCGGAGGAUGAAGAUGACGAUAUCUUUGCGGGUGUGGGUGACGACUAUAACCCUCUUGGCGAUCUCGGGAGUGACGAGUCGUCGGACUCGGACUCAGAUGGUGAGAUUGGAGAGAAGCCAGCCCACACCACGGAGGCAGCGCCAAAGGAGACACCGAAGCCGUCAGGUGAAGCACCAGCCAAGCCGCGCAACUACUUCUCGACUUCUACGACGGAGACUACUGAAGAAGAUCGUUCGAAUCCUCUCACCAAAGAUCCCACCCUGCUCGCUGCCCUCAAACGGGCUGCUGCCUUGCGACGAGCCGAGUCUUCGGCAGACGAUGACGCUGGCGAUGGAGAAGAAGACGCCGACUCGGAGACUCUCCUUCGAAGGAAGAAGUUCCUCGAAGAAGCCCGCCGUCGCGAGCAGCUGGAUGCCAUGGAUAUGGAUCUUGGAUUCGGAAGCAGUCGCGUCGAGGACGACGAAGACGACGAGGUGAUCCUGGAGGAACGUGGGGGCAAGAAGAGAAAGCGUGGACCGAAGAAGAAGAAGGGGGAUAAGGACAGUGUCUCCGAUGUGAUGCGUGUGCUUGACGGAAGGAAGAAAGAUUGA